CGUUGAGCCUGCUGCGUCUAAUUAUUCGAUGUUCUGUGUUUUUUUUCCUCACUCUUGAAAUUGAUCGCGAUGGGUUGUAAAAUUGUUUAAGUCCAUUCAUAAUCACUUUUAAGACAAACGGUGUAUAACGAGAAAUAUACAUUAUUUUUUGUUUGAAAUAUUUAUAUGUCACGUGACAUUUUAGUUUACGAUUAUCGUUCAAACUAUACUUAUGUACACGAAUAGCAAUGUUAAAUAGUGGACACAGACUCCUGUUGCUUUUUGAAGAAAACAUUGUUAAGUUUACACAAUACUCAAACAUGUGUAUAACCUUAAUCACGUAUAUUUUGUAAUGAUAUAUUUCCCGUAUCAUUAAAUCUGAUGGAGGGCGUCUAAAAGAGAUUCCUGAAAAUUAUCAAAACACUUGGACGAGAUGACGAAAAAAAUCAUCGUUUGCUAUAGGGAACGAUGUAAAAGUAGAAUAUCUUAUCAUUUUAUACAUACAGCCUAUUGGUUCUAAAACGUUUAUUCAUUUGAAUUAGUAUAUAAGCUAUUAAUUACUAUAUAAAAUACUUUACAAAUCAUGCAAUUUGAGCUGGUACUAAUCUUUUUGGCCAUUGGACUUUUCACUGGGAAUGUCUGUGAUCAAACUGAAAGAUCACAACAAUCGGAUUAUAUUAAACCUCCUGAGAAACAAUACAAACAAAAGAGAGAUACAGAAUUAAUACCAGAGCAAGAUGAUCCUCUCUUAAUAUUUUCCACACUAGAUGGUUCCUUGGUUGGUAUAAAACAACGUUCUGGAAAUGUGCUCUGGCGGCAAAGCGAUGAACCAAUUGUCAAGGUACCAGUUGAUCUUGGUAAAACUUCCAUGCCCAUGUUUUUACCAGAUCCAAAGGAUGGCUCUUUGUAUGUAUUUGGAGCAGAAACUGAAGCUCUAAAGAAACUACCAUUCACUAUACCACAACUUGUGACAAAUAGUCCAUGUCGCAGCAGUGAUGGAAUAUUAUAUACUGGUAGAAAAAUCGACACUUGGUUUGGCAUCGAUCCUAGAACUGGACAAAGAGAACAGCUUCUAGGAUUUGAUAAAGUAAAAAAUACUUGUCCUGUAGAAAUGCAAAAUGCUGUUUUUAUGGGACGUACGGAAUAUAACAUCAUGAUGGUGGAUAGUAAGCAGAAGAAUCGAAAAUGGAAUGUUACGUUUUAUGAUUAUACUGCUACAAAAAUGGAACCUGAAGGAAUAGAAAAUUAUGACCUGGUUCAUUUUGCGACGAGUUCGACUGGACGGAUUGUCACCGUAGAUAGAAAAUUAGGAAUUAUUCUGUGGGAGCUGGAUGUACAGAGCCCAGUGAUAGCAGUGUACAUCGUAAGAGAAGAUGGCUUGUUAACAGUUCCUUUUACUAGUGUCGCAGAUCAAACUUUAAAUCUUCUUCUAGAACGUUUCGUCAACAAACCGAGCGACAUUCAGUUAUUUCCAACAUUGUAUAUUGGUCAACACAGACACGGAUUAUAUGCUUUACCAUCUCUCGUAGAUUCAACAACAGCUACAAUAUCGAGUAACAUUGGUAGAUUGUUGCUUGAAGGUCCAUUAUCAGUACCACAAUUAGAAAAAAAUAACAAUGGGAAUGUUCCUCUGUCUAAUUCAUAUUUUGACAAUACUGAUUUUAUUACUGGAAGUGGCUAUCAGGCAAUCAUAACGUUAGGUCACUACGAAAUACCCGCUGAAUAUAAAUUACAAGAUCAACAACCUCUUCAAAUUACUGGCCGGUCCGAUCCUGUCAUUGAAACAUUACCUCUUCAAUACUUGAAUUCUACAAAACAAUCAUUGUUCAACUUACAAAAUGACGAUAAAUCUAACGAUAAUGCAAAUAAUGAGUCAUGGCGCGAGUUUAUGCAGAAUACUUACAUAAUGGGCAAAAAUUGGUUCAGUCAACAGGAAAACAAAGGAUUAAAGUUUACAUUAAUCGCAUUGAUUGGAUGUAUAGUAGGAAUGUUUUGGUACUUACAUGCACAAUUUAAGGAGUUUCAACAGUUUUCUCAGGGUUCCCGAGAAAAUAGUAGUACCAAUGAUUAUUAUGGAGCGCGAUCAAACACACUCGUAGUUCCGGAGGAUGUAGGUGAGGGAGUGGUUAAAGUUGGAAAAAUAACUUUUGAUACCGGACAAGUUCUGGGCAAGGGAUGCGAGGGAACUUUUGUAUACAAAGGCAGUUUCGAUGGACGUUCUGUAGCUGUAAAGCGUUUGUUACCGGAUUGUUUUACAUUUGCUGACCGAGAAGUAGCAUUGCUCAGAGAAUCAGACGCGCAUGCAAAUGUUGUACGAUAUUUCUGCACCGAACAAGAUAGGAUGUUCAGAUAUAUUGCAUUAGAACUAGCCGAAGCGACUUUACAGGAUUAUGUAGCAGGAAAGUACGAUAAACAAAAAAUAUCUGCCAAAAGUAUACUACGACAAGCUACAUCAGGAUUAGCCCAUCUGCAUCUUCUUGACAUCGUGCAUAGAGACAUCAAACCUCAUAAUGUGUUACUAUCAGCCCCGGGACCACGCGGAGAAAUAAGAGCCAUGAUAUCGGAUUUUGGUUUGUGCAAGAAGCUUCAACUAGGUCGCGUGUCUUUUUCACGCAGAUCAGGUAUAACAGGUACUGAUGGUUGGAUUGCUCCGGAAAUGUUAAAUGGGAACAGAACUACUUGUGCUGUGGAUAUCUUUUCUCUUGGUUGCGUUUUUUAUUACGUUCUUUCUGAUGGAAAACAUCCAUUCGGAGAUCCAUUACGGCGGCAAGCCAACAUUCUUUGCGGUGAAAGUGAUUUGUCGGCCCUUCAUGAUGGAAUUUCUCACAAUGACAAAGAACUAGCGUUAAUACUUAUAAAAGCAAUGAUCGCAAGUAACCCAUCGGAAAGACCACCUGUAAUGGCGGUUCAUGAUCACCCAAUAUUCUGGGAACCUGCUACAAUUCUUGCAUUUUUUCAGGAUGUGAGCGAUCGGGUGGAAAAGGAACAAAUCGACAGUCCAGCCUUGAUUGCAUUAGAGUCUGAUAGCAAGCAAGUAUUACAAGGAGAUUGGAGAUUACUUAUUGACGUGGAAGUUGCAAUUGAUCUGCGAAAGUAUAGAAGUUACCGGGGUGAAAGCGUUCGAGAUUUAUUAAGGGCAUUACGAAACAAGAAACAUCACUAUAGAGAAUUGAGUCCACAAGCUCAAGAAAACCUUGGAUAUAUUCCUGAUAAGUUUACUGAUUACUGGCUCUCUAGGUUUCCCCGUUUGCUCUCGCACGUAUGGUGUGCUAUGCAAGCUUUCCGUGAAGAAUCAACAUUAAAGGGCUAUUAUCACGUGAAUUACAUAUUUACAAAUAUUUGUGAAACGGAAUCUUUACAGAUUCAAAAUACGCGAUCUACAGAUUACACGAUGGCAUCGAAUACCUGGAAUGUCCAAGAUAAUGUCGAUUGGAGCCCGAAUAGAGUAAGAUGCAGAGGUCAACGAAGAAAACACGAGAAGAAAAAAGUAGACAUACCAGAUGCUUGGACGUUACCUUCGAAUUAGAGAACCAUCUACCACUAAUAUGCGAUUUUAUCAUUGUAAUGUAUAUACUUUAUACAUUAUACAUUAGCAAAGAGAUUUAUACAUUAUACAUUGGACAAACGUACUUUUCGAAAUGUAUGUACAAUGCGCUCAAGUACCAACAUUGCAAUCAUCAGUAGGUUUUUUUAAAAAAAAAAUCACUAAAAUGAAAAUACUUGUAAAUAAUGCGAUACUUGUAAAAAAUGUUUGUAAAAAAGAGAAAAAUAAAU